GGGAGUGACUCAGCGGUUCUUGGUGCCCUGCUGACCCCUGCAGUGCAAGGAGGCGGCCUGUCAGGGCGCUUCUUCCUCCUCCUCCGUCUCCUUCCUAGGCGGCGGCCACGACAAGAACAACAGACGCUAAACAAGAGGCGUCAACGGCUCUCUGUGACUCGCGGCGCCACUUGCCAGCCCACCCAGCAGCCUUUCGCCUUCACUGCUGACCCCCACCGAUGGAAGCCGCUGGGAAAUGCCCACCGUUUGGGGAAGACGCCCAGCCCCGCGUAUGGACCUUGAGAAGGGGCUAUGACGUGCUUCGCCACCCGCAGAUAAAUAAGGGCCUAGCUUUCACGUUGGAAGAGAGGCAACAGCUGAAUAUUCAUGGAUUGCUACCUCCUUGUUUUCUCAGUCAAGAUGUUCAAGUGUUAAGAGUUCUUAGAAGCGAUGAAAGACAAGCAACUGACCUGGACAGAUACAUUCAGUUAACGAGUCUUCAGGAUCGAAAUGAAAAACUUUUCUAUAAAGUGCUGACUUCUGACAUUGAAAGAUUUAUGCCUAUUGUUUAUACUCCCACUGUGGGUCUGGCGUGCCAACAAUAUGGUAUAGCAUUUCGGAGGCCAAGAGGCCAUGAGCUGCAUUAUUGA